AUGCUCGGAAAACAAUACGCCAUCGAAGAUUUGUCUACGUCGUCAAUCGAUUUUCCUGAGUCCGAAGAAGAUAAACUGGCUCGCGACAUUCUGGAGAAAACGACUAUUCGAGUGGGGGGUCGUUUUGAGACGGGACUGCUUUGGAAAAAUGGUGUUCCCGACUUCCCAGACAGCUACCCAAUGGCGGAACGUCGGUUAAAAGCUUUGGAAAAGCGGCUCUCCAAGAAUCCGGAACUUCAGCAAAAUGUAUUUCAACAAAUCGUGGAGUACCAAAGGAAAGGGUAUUGUCACAAAGCAACGCAAGCAGAGUUAGACGACACUGAGAAUUUCAAAAAAUGGUAUUUACCACUGAGCGUCGUCCAACAUCCUAAGAAGCCGGGUAAAGUCCGUUUAGUGUGGGACGCAGCCGCAACCGUAAAUGGAGUAUCGCUGAACAGUAACUUGCUGAAAGGUCCUGACUUACUCACUGCCUUACCAUCAGUGAUCUGCAAAUUCAGAGAAAAACCGGUGGCCUUCGGUGGUGAUGUGCGCGAAAUGUAUCACCAAUUGCGCAUCAGAGAAGCAGACAAACAAACUCAACGUUUUUUAUUCCGUUUUGAUCCCAGAAGCCCGCCCGAAAUCUAUGUUAUGGACGUAGCAACAUUUGGGUCUGCAAGUUCACCGUGCUCUGCACAAUUUGUGAAAAAUUUAAAUGCCAAGGAAUAUGCCACCCAGUUUCCCGAAGCAGCGAAAGCGAUCGUCGAACGACAUUACGUCGACGACUACUACGACAGUGUCGACUCGGAGGAAGUUGCAGUACGGCGAGCCAAGGAAGUACGCUUCAUUCACUUGAAGGCCGGAUUCGAAAUUAGAAACUGGGCCUCAAAUUCUGAAAAUGUCUUGCGAGAAUUAGGUGAGUCAAAACAUGAAACAACAAUCCAUUUUCAGCAGGACAAGAUAACUGAAAAGGAACGCGUAUUAGGUCUCAUUUGGGAUACGAAACUCGAUGUGUUUUCGUUCUGUAUUCCGACUAAAGAAGACGUAUUUGCUUUCGAUAAUCGUCCUACAAAACGUCAAGUUCUCAGUACCGUAAUGUCUCUCUUUGACCCGUUGGGUCUGCUGGCUCCACUCACCGUAUUGGGCAAGAUGUUAAUCCAGGAUUUAUGGAGAACCGGAUGUGAUUGGGAUGAACUAAUUUGCGAGGACACAUUCUCUGAAUGGAAGCGUUGGAUUGAAUUACUGCGCGAUGUGGAACUGGUCAAAAUUCCCAGACCGUACUUUGGAAGCACCCUCUCGACUGAGUAUCACGGGGUUCAACUUCACGUCUUCUGCGAUGCUGGUGAAAAGGCAUUCGGUUGUGCAGGCUAUUUUCGAAUUGUCGUUGGCGGGCGAGCUAUAUGUUCUUUAGUUAUGGCUCGUACGAAAGUUUCCCCUUUGAAGCAGCUUACAAUCCCGCGCUUGGAACUGCAAGCAGCGGUACUAGCGGCCAAACUAGCUAAAGCAAUCCGGCAAUAUCACUCAUUGAAAGUAGAAAAGGUUUUCUUUUGGACCGAUUCCCAAACCGUUCUCUCGUGGAUCAGAUCCGACCAAAGAAAAUACAAGCAGUUCGUGGGAUUUCGCAUCGGUUCCAUAUUAAGUUUAACGAACGUGACGGAUUGGCGUUGGACACCGUCGAAAUUGAACGUUGCCGACCACCUAACGAAGUGGGACAACAUGCCGAGCAUGCUGCCUGAUGGUCAGUGGUUUCGAGGACUAGACUUUUUAUAUGAAGCAGAGCAACAGUGGCCAAAACAGGUACAACCACAACCAAACACGACGACAGAAAUGCGGGCGAUCUUUCUUCUGCACGACAUAGUACUGAUUGAACCCUUCAUAGAUGCCAACCGAAUUUCAAAAUGGAAUGUGCUAGUUCGGACGGUGGCUUGUCUAUACCGUUUCAUCUCGAAUUGCCGACGGAAACAUCGUGGCCAACCUAUCGAGGCCUUUACGUGUACGGAAAAUCAACGGAAACUGAUUUGCUCGUUUAUACCAGCAAUCAAAGUUGGAUUGCGGAAAGAUGAAUACCGGUCUGCCGAAGAAGGGUUGUUUCGAAUGGCACAGUGCGAAGCGUUUGGAGACGAAAUAAAAAUUCUUCGAAGAAAUCGAUAA